AUGCAUCCCAUAGAGCCCGCAAACUCCGAUUGGCACUUGAAAGUCUACACGCCACCCGACCAAUACGAAAUUCAUCUCAAACCAGGCUACACCAUUGCACAGCACUUUGAAACGAUUGGCAAAGACUUGAGUCAACAAAUAAAACGACGUUGGGAGGAUCCCGAAGACUUUGAAUACGUUCAUUUUCUCAUCCAUGUGACUCAUCGAAGCGACUUGGAUUUGAUUCGUAGGGAUCCAGAAGUCGCUUAUAUCAUCGAGUAUGCAGAGUACCAGGUCAUCGAUGAUACUAUGAUAGAGGGUGAAGCACCUAACAUCCCAAAGCAUGACGAACUGUGA